GUCCAUGGGCAUGGAUGCAGCGGAGAAGGAGCUGAGGGGUAUCCGGGAGGAGCUGAAAGCCUCCACCCCCGAGACUGUGCUUGCCGCAUCCUCCCGCAUGGCCAAGGUCCUUGGAAAAUAUUUUCCAUCAAGCCAGACCCAUGAGUUUAUGGAGACCCUGUUGAAUGGCAUGCUGAGAGCCAGCCCCACAUGUGCCACAGCAGGAGGACAUUGGCUCCUCAGCAUCAUCAAGGAGCAUGGAGAGGCCCUGCUGGAGGAGGUGCCGGACAUCCUGGGCACCAUAAUGAUGCACAUGCCCGCUAUCCAGGAAGGGUGCAUGAAGAGCUGCCUGCUGGAAGCUGUGGCCAGUCUAGCAGGCUUCCACGUAGAGGCCGUCACCAGCAGCCUGCUUUGUAGACCUCUGCCCAUGGACAGUGACACCUCUGAAUUGUGGCGGGCGAUGGGUGGAGGUGAUGAUUUCUCCAUCCACGUGCUGCAUUUGCUCCUCGCCAAGCUGGACCAUCGGGCUGAGACGGAGAGCAGCUCACUCACCGCAGCAUUUGAGCCACUGGCAGCAACCUGUGCUGCUUUGGAGAUCAUCAGCACCCUGCAGUGUGGCCAAGUGCUGAGGGACAUGCUCCCAGCCAUGCUGCGUGCUCUUGUGGAGCAAACAAGCCACACCAUGGGGCAAAAAAUGCCAGCGCCCAGCGGGAGCCUGAGCAGCAUAACGGAUGGCCAAGUCCACGUAGUGGGCAACCCUUGCAGGCUUUCCAUGGAGGCCCUGGCCUGCGCCAUUUCGAAGGGCAUAGGGGAAAGUGUGGCCGCAUCCCUGUGCAAGGAGGGAACGUGGCCCUUGCUCGAGUGCCCAGAGACACACCACGAGGGGGUGUGCCACCUGGCCAGGGCUCUGCUGCCGUCGGGCAUGGUAACGCCAAAUUUCAUCAAGGAGAUCCUCAAAUGGGUGCGGGCUGGGUCACCAAAGCUGAGGCUCACAGGGACAGCCUUCCUCAGCCAGCUUAUGAGUGACCCGUCCAUUCAGGACGAGGAGCUGCUGAACCCAGCCCUUCUUCUGCUGGCGGAACGAGCCAAGGACGGCAAUUACGCCGUUCGGCAGAUGGCAGCCAGGGCCUUGGGGAACGUGGCACAUGGUGCCCCUGAGCAGCUGAAACACCACCGGACCCUCAUCCUGGACACCCUGGUCCAAGCCUCCUUCGUGCCAUCUUCAGAUAAGCUAAUGACAGAGGGCAUGAUAUCUCUGGCCAAGGUCCUCAGCCAGUUAGGCACCAGUACAGGGCCCGUCAUUUUGGCUGUGGGGACGCACGUCAGGGCUUUUUUCGACCACAAGGAUGAUGCCCUGCGCAAAGCCUCAUUUGCCCUGUUCGCCACCUUGGCAGGGUGCCUAAGAAAAAGAUGGCACACUUGGUACAAAACCCAGGUGAGGCAGAGCUGGGCAGCGCUGCUGCUGCACCUGCAGGACCCGAACAAGGAGGUGGCCAAGGUAAGGGCUGGUGACACUGGUGUCCUCAGCCCCCCCCAGGUCUCCCCCGUCCAGCCCCAGGGCAGCUCUGCUAUCCCUGCAUCCUGUGGUGGCCAUCCCCUUCCCACUGGGGCGGCUCCAUGCAGGCACCUCCUUGAGCUUGGGGCUGCCUCCCAGGUCCAGGGCAGGUUGCACAUCUGA